GAAAUAUAAAACAUGGUGGAUUAUUAUGAAGUUCUAGGAGUGCAUAGGCAUGCUUCACAAGAAGACAUCAAAAAAGCGUACCGUAAACUAGCAUUGAAGUGGCACCCUGAUAAAAAUCCAGAUAACAAAGAAGAAGCAGAGAGGCAGUUUAAACAACUAGCUGAGGCGUAUGAGGUCCUGUCAGAUGCUAAAAAACGUGACAUCUAUGACAGAUAUGGAAAAGAAGGAUUAAAUGGAGGAGGUGGAAGCCAUUAUGACAGUCCAUUUGAAUAUGGUUUUACAUUCCGAAACCCAGAGGAUGUCUUCAGGGAGUUUUUUGGUGGAAGGGACCCAUUUUCAUUUGACUUCUUUGAAGACCCUUUUGAUGACUUUUUCGGUAACAGACGAGGGACACGUGGAAACAGAAACCGAGGUGGCGGAUCCUUUUUCUCUGCCUUUGGUGGAUUCCCUGCCUUUGGGAGUGGAUUUUCUUCAUUUGAUACAGGUUUUACUUCUUUUGGUUCUUUGGGACAUGGGGGCCUUACUUCAUUCUCCUCAACAUCAUUUGGUGGCAGUGGCAUGGGUAACUUCAAAUCAGUAUCGACUUCGACUAAAAUAGUGAAUGGCAGAAAAAUUACUACGAAGAGAAUUGUUGAGAAUGGACAAGAGAGAGUAGAAGUUGAAGAAGAUGGCCAGUUAAAGUCUUUAACAAUAAAUGGUAAGGAGCAGCUGCUACGCUUGGAUAACAAGUAAUUCAACGCACGCAUUUAACAGAAAUUUUAAGCUGUAACAAGCACCCUUUGAGGAUUAACAGGAACAUUUUUUUGAAGAUUUCAGACGAACUCUUUCAUUAUACCUGUACGUAAUCUAAAGUAUUUAUAAGUAGCUCAUCGGAGCUCAUGAUACUGUCAGACUUUUGCGUUAAUUGCUGGGACCACAUGAAUAGGACCAUUUUUUGUCCUUAAAAUUGUUGUAAAUUUCUGUGUGCACUUUGCUUUUUAUUAAACAUGAUUCUAGGUAACAGUGAUCUGCAUUAGUGCUAGGGCAGAAUUGUAAACUAACACUAGCAUGAAUCCUUCUUUUUGUUUUUUGUUUUUUUGUUUUGAUAUGUGAGCCAACUAGUAGUUUACAUCUACUGUGAAGUUAACAUUUCCAAGGCAAAUUUAAUUUCAAGCUUUCGGUAUUUAGUAGUGAAUAAUGUUAAUAUGUUACUGAUGGUGCAUUUCUGGUUUAAACAAAUUAAGGAUGUUUUCUAGUUGUGCAUGAAUGCUGGCUAUAGUAAGUUUUGACAUUUAAAUGUAUAAUGUUAAGCCUAGGCUAACAAGUUGAAUCUAGUAAGCUUGGGUAUUUUGUCAUUUUGCUAAAACGUUCAAAAUGAAUAAAUUCUGAUGUUUGUGGUGCAUUC